AGAUUGAUAAAGAGGCGGUGUGGUGUGUGAUAUGCAUUCUCAAUUUCUCAUUGGUGGCGAAUUUGAAACCGCCUACUGCCAGUUUUUCAUUUCUUACAAAUUCUCUCUCCUCUUUAUUAAUCACUUUUAUGUGAAAUAAUUUCUUCUUCAACUCUUCAAAUUCUCAUUUCCAGAAAAAUUAAACUAUUUCUUCUUAAACCCUUAUUAUUUCUCACAAAAAUCGAUCUUCUUCUUCCUUUUAAAUUCCUCGAAUUGUAUAUAAAAUUCAUCGAAUUCGAUGAUCGGAGAAUCUUCAUCAACGACAACUAUGGCGUCGGAAAGUAGUAAUAAUAAUGGUGUAAAUUCGCCGGCGCCAUUUCUGAGUAAAACAUAUGAUAUGGUUGAUGAUAUUUCCACUGAUUCUGUGGUUUCAUGGAGUUCUAACAACAAAAGUUUUGUUGUUUGGAAUGUUCCUGAGUUUUCUAAGGAACUUUUGCCUAAGUUUUUCAAGCAUAAGAACUUUGCUAGUUUUGUUCGUCAGCUUAAUACUUAUGGUUUUAGGAAAGUUGAUCCAGACCGCUGGGAGUUCGCUAAUGAGGGGUUUGUAAGAGGUCAGAAACAUUUGUUGAAGGGGAUUAACAGGCGCAAGCCGGUUAAUGCUCAUCCUCAUUCGCAGCAGUCUUCGACACAGAGUACUUCAGGUAAAGCAUGUGUUGAGGUAGGUAAGUUUGGGAUCGAAGAAGAAGUUGAAAGGCUUAAAAGGGACAAGAAUGUUCUUAUGCAAGAACUUGUUAGGUUAAGGCAACAACAGCAAACAACAGAUAAUCAGUUGCAGAGUGUUGGGGAGCGCGUUCAAGGCAUGGAGCAGAGACAGCAACAAAUGAUGUCCUUCCUCGCCAAAGCUAUGCAGAGGCCAGGCUUCUUGGCCCAACUAGUACAGCAGAAAAAUGAUGGCAAUAGACACGUCACUGGAGGCAGUAAAAAGCGGAGACUUCCUAACCAUGAUGAAGAAAAUGCUAGUAUGGAAAGUACACAUAGUGCCUUCUCUGAUGGUCAGAUUGUCAAAUAUCAGCCGUUGAUAAAUGAAGCUGCAAAGUCCAUGCUCAGAGAGAUUAUGAAGUUAAGCGGUCCUCUGCUUGAUCAGUCGCACAAGGAUCCUAAUACUUUUUUGCUUGAUCAUGUACCCUCCACUUCUGAUGUAGACUGUGGCAGCUCCUCUACUCGAACCUCAGGAGUGAUUCUCUCUGAAGUAGCACAAUGUUCUAAACAGACCAUCUUUCCUGAAGAAACAGGGUUUUCAAGUACUAAUGUUGUAAAUUCAGAGAUGCAUUCAUCUUGUCCCGUGAGUGACACAUCUGAGGAAGUUCAUAUUCAAGGAGCUAAUUUGAACAUGUCUCAAGAAGAUGCAAUGAUGCCAGACUUCAACCAAGUGCUUAUUCCUGAGAGCGGUCUUAAAUUCCCUGAUUUGACUUUCUCCGAGAUCCAGAAUCCUGAUGUUGGUUUUAUGGAUUCAAUGUCAACAGUUCAAAACGGGACAUUACCAAUAGAUGCAGAGGCAUUUUCUCCUGCUACUGAUUUGGAUGUUCUACUUCCUGGGAGUAAUGAUGUGUUCUGGGAGCAGUUUUUUCCCAUGAGCCCAUUGCCUGAUAUUAGAGAAGAGGUCGAUUCAAGUACACCGGAGGCCAGCAUUGCCAGAGAGCUUGGAAUAGAAAAAGACAAUGGUUGGGAGAAGUUGCACUAUAUGAAUCAUCUAACUGAUCAAAUGGGUCUUCUCACAGCAGAGACAGAAAGUGUUUGAUCUUCAGCUGGCCAACUGUAUGUAAGUCUUCAUAUCGUUUCGAGGUUUGUGAUCCAGGCUGUUGGCAGACAAAGCUUUCAUACACCCAAAGCUCUGGUGAUGGCAAGCAUGAAAGGGUUCCAGUCAUUUUUGAAUUUGUAUCAAUAAGUUCUUUAUUGUGCUUAGCAAAUUACCUCUUCAGAUCCACAUGCACCCUUCUGUCAGAGUUUUAUGAGAUAACUGUGAUUCCAUGAAUAUAUCUUGAUAUAGUUUAGAAUUAGGUAAUUUGGUUGUGAAAAUAUGACGCCGUGGGGAUUUUUGGCAAUCAUCUCUCACGUCAGUCUAAACGAGCUAUUGGGUGCUCUAUCCCAUUUUACCUCCUAAAUCUUUCAAAGGCUCAAUAAUUUUAUGUUCAAGUGAUUGUUGCCUUUGAAGAGCUUCUGAUGCUAUAUUAUAGUGUUGGCUUGGCAUUCUUAGUCUGUCAGAAAAGAAGACUGGGCUAGGCAGUUGAAUGAGCCCUGGUGGUUCCAGACUUCUGGGCUGUGGGUUUCUUUUGGCCCCUACAGGUUUAAGUAAAUGGGAGUGUUCAGUGUUUAAGAGGGAACUUGCCGAAUCGGCAUCUUGUCGUGGAAUUUUUGGGCUUUAAGCUAAUACUAGAAGUUUGGUAGAGCAGGUUAGUUUUACUGAAUGAGGACGGGCACAUCGCACGCUCCUGGUUUAGUGCCGAUCCGACCCUGGUGGUAAAUUAGCAGCAAGUAUAUUGUGGUUAUGAGUAUGUUGGCGUCACUCUUUUAAGACCGUUCUGAGGGAUUGGGAAAUUCACCUUGUUUUGUACCAAUAUUCUCACAAUAAUACCUGGGAAAUUAGUACAGAUAGUGCACCUGUUGAUGCGAGUUUGAAGACCUUGUAAGGCGGCUUUUUAGGCUUAGUGACCAACUGGAGUUGGCACGUGAGUUACAAAUGAGAUGGUCUUGUUUCUGUUGGCCGUCUUUCAUACAAUGAUUCAAUGUGAUAUGAACAUUUCUGCAGUGUAAAAUGAAUGCAUGGACGGAAUCUCUCUCCCUAUUUAUAUGAUAUUGCACACAGGAGGUAAUGCUUUAGAAAGAUGGUCUGUUUUGAAUUGGAGGUACUCUAUUGAUGAAUUAUGAAGAUCCGACUGGAGUGUCGGAACUCGGGAAGUUAUAUAUCUACAGUCAUAAGUUGUAUGUUUAGAGACAGUCUCAACGUAUUGUUACCUUUGAAGAGUAGACCUCGUUUUGGUUCACAACACCUAUUGUGGCUACUCUUUAUAUUGUUAAA